UUUCUGCAGGCGGUUGUUGUUUAUGCUGAGGGGCAGGGGAGGGAAAUGGCACCUGACAGCUCCUUUGUUCCUGGAGAAAUCCAACAGGAGAACACUUUUGAAGCUAAUACUGUCACUAAGCAGCUAUGUGACCUUAAAACAACCACUUCAUCUAACUGGGCUUCAAUCUACUUUUUUGUAAAAUGAAAAAGUAGAAUCGAUAGAUAUUCUCAAAAAGACUCUGUGCUGACAUUCCAUGUAUAUGAUGCUUUAUACUAUGCCUUUGCAGGAAAGAAGAGGCUGGUCCUAUGAUCUCUUUUCAGAAGUUAAACCUCAUCUAAGUGACUCAGUGAGUGUCUGGUAUAUAAGACACUAGGUGAUAUGUAUUUCUUUGCCUGAUUAUUGCUCCAUAGAGUCUGAAGGAAUCUCUGUGUGAUUAUAGGGUCUUGCCUUUUUUAUACUGUACUUACACAGGAAUUACAAAUAAAUGAACAAAAGAGAUCCGAGAAAGACAACUCUUCAAUAAUUGUUCAGAAAGAGACUGCCCAAAUAGAAAACACAUGCUAUUUCCCCUCUGCCUGACCAAUUUGACCUUCAGAGUACAAGUUCCCAGGAGAGGGGCUGGGCCUCUCUAAGCAGGAACUGGAGUCAGAGGCUUCCCCUGCUACUCGCUGGGAGAGAACAUUAGGAAUGACUUUCAGCACCGUACUUCCUACACUGUCUCAAAGUAGCCACGCAGCUUGGGGGCCGUCGAGCUACAGCUCAACCUCACCCCUGCAGGAGUCCAGAUGCAGGCCAAGUACAGCAGCACAAGGGACAUGCUGGACUUUAAUGGGGAUACCAUCAGGAGUGUGCAAUCUCGAACCUCUUCUACAACCCAGCGGCCAGAGGCUGGGCACACAGAGCGCCGGCCUCCCUCUUCAGUUUGGCGUCCAGUGGCCCUGACCCUGCUGACUUUGUGUUUGGUGCUGCUGAUUGGCCUGUUAGCCCUGGGGCUUGUGUUUUUUCAGUUCUAUCACCUUUCCAAUACUCAGCAAGACAGCCUUUCUCACAAGGAAGAAAGAUUGGGGAAUCUCUCCCGACAGCUGCAGUCUCUCCAAACCAAGAACAGGAAGCUUGCAGAAAUCCUACAGCGCGUGGCCGAAAAACUGUGUCGAGAGCUCUAUAACAAAAGUGGAGAACACAGAUGCAGCCCUUGUCCAGAAGAAUGGAAGUGGCAUGGGGACAAAUGCUACCGAUUCUGUAGAGAGAGCAAGAAUUGGCAGGGCUGUGACUAUUUCUGCAUCGCUGAGAACGCGACCAUGCUGAAGAUAAACACACCAGAAGUGCUGGAGUUUGCCAUGCCUCAGAGCUACUCUGAGUUUUUCUACUCUUAUUGGACAGGGCUCUCUCGCAACGGCAGUGGCAAAGCCUGGCUGUGGACUGAUGGAGCCCCGUACUCUCCUGAACUGUUUGAGAUUAUAAUAGAUUUUACAAGCCUAAGAAGCAGGGACUGUGUGACCAUCCUCAAUGGAAAGGCUUUUUCGAAGGACUGCAAAGAGUUGAGGCGGUGUGCAUGUGAAAGAAAGGCGGCCACGGUGAAGCCCGAGAGCCUCCGUUAGCUUCCCUGAGCUAUUAUAUGGAGGUGAUGGACUCUCCCACCAUAACUGCAAUGUCAAGCUCCCUUCAGGGAAACUGAAGAUCAGAACAGAAAUCAAUCUCUUUAUGUGCAGCUGUAAGAGUUUGGUUUUUUUCCCCAUGUGAUCCAUAUUUAUACAACAAUUCAGCAUAAAGGUUGAGCCAAGCAAAGUCAAUGCAAAGGAUAUUUGAGACUUUAGAACAUGGAAAAAAAAGUUAGGAAAAGCAAUUUUUCUGACUGGUGCAAGGAUUUUUCAUGCUUCCUGUUCAGGAUCCCCAGCACUCCUGAGCUUGGGUUCAUGCAUAUAUUUACCAGUCACAGAGAAAUCCCAUGUGCCAACAACCAGUCCCAGAAUCUCAUAAAGUUGUAAUCCACCUUCUCGUCUUAGAGAUCACUUCUAGUGUUCUUCCUUCUCAGCAUCUAGUGUCAUCUCCCUGUUUCCAAUACGUUUUCCUUCAUAUCUGGAGAAGUGAGAAACUUACCGAAGUAGAGGAAAUAAAUGUGUGUAACAUUCUUUGCCCCAAAGGUCAAGUAGUCUGUGAGAAAUUAGCAAUUAUUUCCUAUACUGUGCUCCUAAAUACAUAAUUAAUUCUUUCUGUUUGCUUCACUCCAUAUUUUUCCCUUCCUAGUCUUUCAAUAAAGCCCCUACCUGCCAUGUCAAUGGCCUGCUUCCCACUGGGAUAAUUUUUUUAGUUAGAAUCUUAACUUCUUAUGAACCUACCUCCCCAUAU